AUGGCACUCCUCUCCACCCCACACUCCUCCCCCUUCUUCUCCCCUUCCUCUUCCAUAAACCCCAACAACCCACUCCCUCUCUCCAAAACCCCACCUUUAUCAUCCCUUUAUUUCUCCCACAAUACCCCUAAAAGUAAAACCCUCCGUUUCCUUCCCCAAAUUACUAAACAGCCCAGAUUCCCUACCCUCCUCAUACACGCCUCAUCAUCAUCGUCCGACCCGACUUCUGAUCAGGAUCCGGAACCAAACCCAACUCCAACAAGUAUCACUGACGAGUGGGGCGAGAAAGCAGAACCCGUACCCGAACCUGAGUACCCGAAAGCUUCGGACUCGGAUCCUCCGAGAAAUGAUGACGAGUGGGAGGAGGAAUUUGUUGCCGUUGGAAAUGGCACCGCUGCGGCACCGAGUACCAGCAGUGAGGUGGUUGUGGAGAAGGAUGAGAGGAUUGAGGAGUUGAAGAGGUGUUUGGUUGAUACGGUCUACGGUACUGAUUUUGGGUUUCGGGCCAGCCCGGAAAUACGGGCCGAGGUUUUGGAGUUGGUCAAUCAGUUGGAGACUGUAAACCCGACUCCGGCACCUGUGGAUGCUACUGAUUUGCUUGAUGGCAAAUGGAUCUUGGUGUAUACUGCAUUUUCCGAGCUAUUGCCACUUUUGGCAGCAGGGGCUACGCCUUUAUUGAAAGUGAAAAGCAUAACUCAAACAAUUGAUACCAACAAUCUAUCUAUUGCAAACUCAACUACAUUGUCAAGCCCUUUUGCUACUUUCUCCUUUAGCGCAUCUGCUACUUUUGAGGUUCGAACUGCAUCAAGAAUACAGGUUGAAUUUAAGGAAGGUACAUUGCAACCUCCGGAGAUAAAUUCCAACAUAGAUCUCCCAGAAAAUGUUAAUCUUUUCGGGCAAAAGAUCAAUUUGUCUCCUGUCCAGCAAUCUCUCAAUCCUCUGCAGGAGGCAGCAGCAAAUAUUGGAAGAACCAUUUCUGGCCAGCCACCAGUUAAGGUACCCAUUCCAGGCAACCGAGCAAGCUCCUGGCUUCUUAUUACCUACCUUGACAAGGAUCUCCGAAUCUCAAGAGGAGAUGGUGGUCUUUUCGUUCUUGCUAAAGAAGGAAGUCCUCUUCUAGAACUGUAG